GAACGUACGAAAACUACGCCGUUUUGGCUCAAACGACGUGGUUUUUCUCUCUCUCAGGUCUUCUACGGUUUACUCUGUCUUUGCUGAAGGUUCUCGGUCUCUUUGUCAGUUGUCACCACUCACCGUUGCGGCAUUGCCGGUUUGAUUUCAAUCCUUCAGUCCACUCACCACUAAUUAUAGAGAAAUUAAAUUUAUAAAAAUUUAAUAGAUUAUGCUCUCUCUCUCUCUCUCUCUGCUGAACGGUCAAACCGCCAUGGCCGUCCGUACUUCUGAGCUCCAUCUAGAACCUUCCCAACAUUCAUAAAAGCUAAAGCCUUGCCGUAAUAAACCACUUAUUUCCAUUCCAGAAGUCCUUAAUGUCAGAUUCGGGUGAAAAUCAACAGCCUGAACAAGUCUGCAACUUUUUCAGAAAGCCGUCAAGGAAUAAAAACAUCAGAAAACGAACAGUUGAUGAAGAUGAAAAAGAGGAUGCAAAAACAGAAGGCUCAUUCUUACACAGUCAGAAGAAAACCAUAAAACCCGACAAUAAGCUAUUUUUUUCUACUGGAUCCUCUAAGAACAAAAUGUCUACUGAAGCAAAAGAAGAAUCUGAGAAGCCAAUUUUUCAGUUCGAGUCUUCAAAGGAAAUUCAAGUUGAACAUGAUAGCAGAGCAACAGCAACUCUAGAAACUGAGACCGAGUUCUCAAGAGAUGCUCGUGCAUUGCGUGAGAGAUCUCUUAAGCAAGCAGAGGAGGCUUUGAAGGGGAGAGGAAAAAGCUCUGGGGAUGAAAAGUUGUAUAAAGGCAUUCAUGGAUAUACCGAUUACAAGGCUGGUUUCCGAAGAGAGCAAACAUUUGCUAGUGAGAAAGCUGGUGGGGCACAUGGGCCUUUGAGGGCUUCUGCUCACAUACGAGUUUCUGCGAGAUUUGAUUAUCAACCGGACAUAUGUAAGGAUUACAAAGAGACUGGUUACUGUGGGUAUGGAGAUUCCUGUAAGUUUAUGCAUGAUCGAGGGGAUUACAAGUUUGGAUGGCAAAUGGAGAAGGAGUGGGAUGAAGCAGAGAAAGCAAGGAAGAGAAAUCUAGCUUUGGGAUUAGAUGAUGAGGAUGAUGGCGGUGUAGAUCCUGGUGAGGAAGAUGACAAUGAUGAUUCGUUGUCCUUUGCAUGUUUCAUUUGCAGGCAGCCUUUUGUCGAUGCUGUUGUAACCAAGUGCAAGCAUUAUUUCUGUGAGCAUUGCGCAUUAAAGCAUCAUGCGAAGAACAAGAAAUGCUUUGUUUGCAACAAACCUACUCUUGGCAUUUUCAAUUCAGCUCAUGAGAUACGCAAAAGGAUUGCUGCAGAGGGUAAAUAAUGGUUGCUCGGAUGUUUGUCGUGCUCUUUGGUUUGUAACUUAUUGGAAUGAAUAUUUGUAUUUUUGUUUUUGCUUUUGUUAGCAUUUGAAAGAGGAAGUUUCCUUAUCAGUCUCUCUUUUUCCCGGAAAAUUGUAAACUGUCUGGGGAAAUUCUCUUUAAAUAGAGAUCUUACUAAAGGAAAGUAAUUUAAGUAUGGAGUAAUAUUGUAGGCUUCUACAGAAUUUAAUUAGUAUUGGGUAUCCAAGAAAGCAAAUAGAUUUGCUCAGUUUAAGCCUAUUUGGAACAAUUUUGAUGAACAACCAGCUAUGGGAUAUGUUUAUGAUGGCAUGUAUAGAGCAAUUGAUGGAAUAAAAAAAUUUCAAGGACAAGAAGAAAUUUUUGGAGCCCUAUGUUAAAUUAUCAAGGAUCGUUGGGAUACUCAAUUCUAUAGAGAUAUUCAUGCUGUAGCUUAUUGGUUGAAUCUUGCAUUCCAAUAUGAUCUAUCCACUCUUGAUAAGAGGCUAGAGACACAAUCUGCUGUGACAGAUGUUAUUGAAUCAAAAGUUUCCAAUGGUCGACUCAAGUUGGUGGAGUAAUUAAAGCUAUUUCGAGAGCAUGAGCAAACUUUUGGAACUCAAGUUGCACUAGAAACAGCCAAGACAUCUCAACCAAUAUAUGGAACUUAGAUGAGUGGUGGAAGUUGUUUGGGUCUUAUGCUCCAAACUUACAAAAAUUGGCAAUUCAGAUCCUUAGCCAAACAACUGCCUCUUCAGGAUGUGAGCAGAAUUGGAGUGUUUUUUAUUAAGUACAUACCAAAAGGAAAAAUAAAUUGGAGCAUCAACAACUUAAUGAUCUUUCUUAUAGAUCUUGUUCAAUUAUUCAAGUACUACUCUUACAUUCUUUUAUUGUAAUACUUGGUUGGUUCGAAUUAUUCAAAUGUUCAUUUUACAGUAUAGUGUCAAAAGUAAGAAGUUCAAUUUUGAUCCUAUUGAUUAUGCAAGUAUCGAUAAAACAGGAUUUUGGGUAGUGGAAGAAGAGGAACCUCCACUUCUUGAUUAUGUGCAAUAAGAGAAUACAUUAUACGCAGAAGGAGCUUAUCCAAUUGAAGAAAGGUCUUCUAGCUAUGCACAAGGAGAUAUGAACAAUAACAUGAUUGCGGAUGAUGACAUUGAUUUGGGAUCAUUUGGUGUUAAGAUGAUACUCUUGGAUUUAAAGGUAGAAAUCAUCCUAAUGAAGAUGACGUUGAAGAUGAAGAAGAUGAGGGAUGAGGAUGAUGAUGAUGGCGGUGGUGGAGCAUUUGGAUCACAUGAUGACACUAAUUUCAAAUAUCUUUAUAACAAAUGAGACUUGUGUUGAUAUCCAAUGAACCUUAAAACUUGAUAGUUCUUUGUUUGAAACUUAUUUGUUAUUUGGAUGUAAUGAACAUAUUUAUUUGGUUCUGUUGAAA